AUGGCCGAAAAAGACACAGAGCAGCAGCCUGCGCCGGCCGACGUGAGCCCCAGGCUCAGCACUGAUUCGAAAGAUUCCGAUGAUUAUUUCAAUGGUCCCCGCGACAUGUCCCAUCAUUCGAAAUGGCCCAUCUUCCUGCAGCUUCACGGCAGCGUUACCCCCCGAAUGAUGUUCCCCUUGACCUUUGUCGCUGCAUGGGCGACAGCUAUCUGCUGCAUCUCGCACUUCGUGUGGAGCCUUGGUGUCGACUCGGUGCUUCUGACCAUUCUCGGUUUCGUCGUCGGUCUCUCCCUCUCAUUCCGCAACUCUACAGCCUACGAACGAUACGCCGAAGGUCGCAAAUACUGGGCUAUGCUCUCCCUCCACACCCAGAACCUGGCCCGUGUGGUCUGGGUGUACGCUGCUGAGCGCGAGGAUCACAAGACCGAGGAUCUCCUUGCCAAGGUUUCGUUCUGCAACAUGCUUGUCACCUUCGCCAUCGCCCUGAAGCACAGACUGCGCUUCGAGCCUUUCACACACUACGAAGACCUGGAGCCCCGUCUGAAGCAUAUUCACUGCGUCGCCCACCGCGCUGACAACAUUGAGUGGACCAAGCCCUCAACGUUCAAGCGAAUUGGUAGCCGUCUAGGUCUCCCAAUGGCCGAGUCGAACCCUCGCAAGCUGAUCAAGAAGUCGGAGAAGCCCCUGGGCAACGUGCCAUUGGAGAUUCUGAACUACUCCUCAACCUAUGUUCGCAACAUCAUCGACAAUGGUACCUUCAAGGCCCCAAUCUACCAAACACAUGCUCUCAACUCCAUCGCCAUCCUGAAUGACAUCCUCACCGGAACGGACCGAGUUCUGAACACCCCCUUGCCUAUUGCCUACUCCAUCGCCAUCUCUCAAAUCACCUGGGUCUAUAUUCUUGUUCUCCCAUUCCAGCUCUGGACGAAACUUAAAUGGGUCACCAUCCCUGCUACUAUCUUUGCGGCCUACAUUAUCCUCGGUCUGGCUCUGAUCGGCCGCGAGAUUGAGAAUCCUUUCGGAGACGACGUCAAUGAUCUGCCACUCGAUAUCUACUGCGACCAGAUCCGCCACGAGGUUGAUAUCAUCAUGGCGAGCGGCAACCUCUCGACCGACGACUUCAUCAAGAGCGACGACAACAUGCUCCUUUUCCCUUAUAACCGCAACGGCUUCAACCAGGUCAACGGCAAGACCCCUGAGCAGAUCAGAAAGCUCCUCGCGGCCAAGGUCGAGGGCCUCUACAGCAAGGCUUCCGCGUAA